AGGAAGCCAUUGAGGGUUUGGUCGCAGUUUUCGGAGAUGCCGCCCAAGGGAAAGAGCGGUUCCAGGAAACGGGGGAAAGGGGGAGCCGCCUCCAGGAGUGACAGUUCUGACAAGAAGGCCCAGGGUCCCAAAGGUGGUGGUAAUACAAUAAAGGUUAGACACAUUCUGUGCGAAAAACAUGGGAAAAUCAUGGAAGCCAUGGAAAAGUUAAAGUCUGGAAUGAGAUUCAAUGAAGUGGCCACACAGUAUAGUGAAGAUAAAGCCAGGCAAGGGGGCGACUUGGGUUGGAUGACCAGAGGUUCUAUGGUGGGACCAUUUCAAGCAGCAGCAUUUGCCUUGCCUGUAAGUGGGCCGGAUAAGCCUGUGUUUACCGACCCUCCAAUUAGGACAGAAUUUGGGUAUCGUAUUAUUAUGGUUGAAGGGAGAAAAUAA